AUGGCCACCAAAACAUUGGAGGCUCGCUUCGAGCAUCUCUCCGUCAAUGACGAAAAUGAAAUGCCAACUGGAACUGUGGUCAAGUCCCAGAAUGCCAGUCAAGGAACCAUAGCAAGUCUACCUUCCAACCAGCCUCGACCUAACCUGGUCAAAUACGUCCUUCCAACCACGAGUGAAUCAAGACAAAAUGCUGCUCAGAUCACCACAAUCACAACGACAACGACCGUCCCUACUCUCCCCCCUUCUCCAGGACGAAAAGCGGUGACAUCAGCUCGUUCCUCCGAUGAGAGCACUGAGUCGCACAAACAGUCAAGUUCGCAAAGCUAUUUCGAUCAGCCCAAUGCCCCCAAAAAAUUCCAGUUGGGUAUGUUUGAAAUAGGAAAGCCCCUGGGAAAAGGAAAAUUCGGACGAGUAUACCUUGCCAGAGAAAGAUCUUCGGGAUUUGUUUGCGCCUUGAAGGUCCUCCACAAAUCCGAAUUGCAACAAGGCAAGAUCGAGAAGCAAGUUCGACGAGAGAUUGAGAUUCAAUCGAAUCUGAGACACCCCAACAUCCUGAGACUGUUUGGACAUUUCCAUGACAGCAAGAGGGUAUUCCUCAUUCUUGAAUUCGCCGGCAAAGGCGAAUUGUACAAACAUCUGCGCAAGGAGCACAGAUUCCCAGAAUGGAAAGCAGCUCAGUACAUCGCUCAGAUGGCAGCGGCACUCAAAUACUUGCAUAAGAAGCACGUCAUGCAUCGAGACAUCAAGCCCGAAAACAUCCUGGUCGGCAUACACGGUGAGAUCAAGAUCUCAGAUUUUGGCUGGUCAGUGCAUGCACCAAACAACCGAAGACAGACCAUGUGUGGAACUCUGGAUUAUCUUCCACCGGAGAUGCUCAAACCAGGGAGCUCUGACAAUUUCUACACCGAGAAAGUCGAUCUCUGGAGUCUGGGUGUUUUGACCUAUGAGUUUUUGGUUGGCGAGGCACCGUUUGAAGAUACACCCAUCAUGACGCAAAGAAGAAUUGCUCGAGGGGACAUGUCGGUGCCGAGUUUCGUGAGUGCCGAGGCGAAAGAUCUCAUACACAGACUCCUCGUUCUCGAUCCCGAAAAGAGAAUCCCUCUCGACGACGUCCUUCGGCAUCCUUGGAUCAUCAAACAUUGUGUGACCAAAGGUGGUGUACAUGAACAUGACACACAGAGAGCACCAGGGAGCAAAGACUCGAGCUCGGGGCAAUGA